GUGUGUGUGUGUGGUUGCCCACAGUGGUGUGCUGCAGUCCGCUGCCGUAGUUGAGUAAACUACAUGGACAUUAGCGGGCGCAGCGGCGCAACCACGGAGCCGGAGUGGAUUAAAACAGUGUGCGUGUUGUGGAGAGCCACUCGACUACCGACUGUGUAACCGAGCGAGAAGCCUCCGUGUGUGAUUCGCAAGUCCGUUACAAGCAGUUUGCGGCUGGGAAACAGCAAAAAGCAAGAGGCUCUUGGUAAACUCAGCGCUGCCGUGCAUUGUGUGUCAGCCUCGGCGGGAAUGGCUUCAUCUCCGUGCGGCAACAGUAACUUUGAUUCCGGGCUGGAAAUCAAAACUCGCUCGGUGGAGCAGACGCUUAUUCCUUUAGUUUCGCAGAUCACCACUCUGAUCAACCAUAAAGACAAGCCAAAGAAGUCCGAGCGCACCCUGGCAGCCAUACACAGGGUGGGUCAGGCGGUGAGCGUCGCAGUUGGACGUUUUGUUGCCGUCGGAGAGGCCAUCGCCACCGAGAACCAAGAGCUGAAGGAUGAGAUGGGUCAGGCGUGCUUCGAGGCUCGCAGGGCAGGUGAUGCCAUAGCCCAGCUGACAGAUGUGGGAUCAGCCGUGCCGUCCCAGUCAGACGGACGUGUCACAGUGUUCAGCGAUCGGACAGGGAUGGUGAAAGCCGCCCGCCUGCUCCUCUCUUCUGUCACCAAAGUCCUCGUCCUGGCUGAUCGCAUCGUCAUCAAACAGAUAAUUACAUCACGCAACAAGGUUCUGGUAACCCUCGACCAUCUGGAAAGAGUCAGCACCUUCCAGGAAUUUGUACAGAUUUUCAGCCAGUUUGGUAACGAGAUGGUGGAGUUUGCUCACCUCACAGGAGACAGACAGAACGACCUGAAGGAUGAAAAGAAGAAAGCCCGGAUGGCAGCAGCCAGAGCAGUUCUGGAGAAAUGCACCAUGAUGCUCCUCACUGCCUCCAAGACUUGCCUCAGGCACCCAGAUUGCGAGUCGGCGCGAAUCAACAAAGACGCUGUGUUCCACCGAAUGCGCUGUGCCCUGGAGCAGGUCAUCGAGAUAGUCACCGAGGCACGGAGCUGUGGGGAGAACAAGAUCCUCACUGCCAGCAUCUACAAUGGCAUCAAAGAUUUCAAGUCCAGUGUGGAGUGCCUGCGGGAGAACCUGUACUCUCUAUCACCGCAGAGUGUAGCCGGCCAGCUGGAGGCCCUGGUCGAGCGGACAGAGGACUUCACUGAUUCGGCCUACACCAGUCACGAGCAGCGUCAGGCCAUCCUCGGUCUGUGCCAGCUGGCGCGCCAGGACACUCAGCAGCUGGUGCACGCCUGGGCUGAGGCGCAGUCUGUUCAUGCCAAAGAGCCCACAGAGGACAUGGAGGUGUCCAUCCUGAAGACAUGCCAGAGCGUCAGUGACCUCAGACGUGAGCUCCAUAAGGUGGCGGUGGGCCGGGCCUCAGACUUGCUGAAAGUUCACGGGGAGCAGUUGCCUCUGCGGGCUCUUAAAGCUGCAGGUGCUGAAGGAAACCUGGAGGCAGUUGCCGAGUAUUCGCGCACGCUCACUGAGCAGAAGGAGCAGCUGGUGGAGACAUGUCGGCUGUUGUGCCAUGUGUCGGGGACGGAGCCACUAGAGAUUACCUGCAUACACGCUGAGGAAACCUUCCAUGUCAUUGGUCCACAGAUCAUCUCAGCAGCCCAGACGCUGGCGCUCCACCCGUCCAGUAAGAUCGCCAAGGAGAACCUGGAAGUGUUCUGCGAGGCUUGGGAGUCGCAGCUCUGCGACAUGGCUCUGCUGCUGCGAGAGAUCAACGACGUCUUUGAAGGCAGGCGAGGAGACAAAAGACCUUACUUAUCUCUUCCGAGACCUGGAAAACACUCAGCUAACCUGAAGACUGCCAAGGCUGUCAAGUUGGAUGCAGAGGAGCAGACGAGCAUGGCCAAGCUGGGUCUGGAGCUGCGUCUUCUGUCAUCAGAUGUGGACACGGAGGUCGAAAAAUGGGAGGAGCAGGAGCACGACAUCGUCCGGCAGAGCCAGAGUCUGGCCAGUAUGGCCUACAACAUGUACCUGUUCACCAGAGGGGAGGGGCUGCUGAAAACAACACUCGAUCUUUUCCAUCAAGCUGAGGUUCUUUCUGAAGAGGGGCUCCAGCUGUGCUCAUCUCUCCGCACUUUUUCCGCUCAGCUGGUUGAUGAGGAGAAGUCUGUGGUGAUGACAGAAAUGGAGAAACUGGUGGCUUUGUGCCAGCAGCUGCAGAUGGGAGCUAAGACUCCUGUACAGGGCAAGACUGCCACCUUCCAGAAGGUGGACUCAUCGAUUCAAACAAGCAGAAGCAUCCUGACCGUGGUCCUCUCCCUCCUCCCGUUCUGUAACAAGCUCAACAGAAAGUACAAGUCAGAGAGGACCAGCCUGAGCUCCCCACAGGACUGGAGAGAAAGGCCGGAUUCAUCCACGCCUGUCAAAGAGGAGGGAGCUCUCAACAACAAGAACAGCAACGGCUUCGGGGUGAAAUCCUUGGAGCAGCACAUGGCCGGUCUCAACCUCCUAGAGAGCAAAUAAUCCAGGAGGCAGCCUCUUCUUUUGUCCACUACUCUUGUUGGAGCAGCACAUAGCCAACCUCACCUCUCUGGAGAAUCCAGAAAAUACCCGCCUCAUCCUCAUGCACCCACUAAAGAGUGGGCUGGAGCUGUGGGGUGAAGAUGGUUGCCUUGGGUCAGCCGGAGUUUGUAUUUGCUGUCGGGAUGGUAAAUUAUUAAGUUUACAGGAGAAAAAGCAGAUCUAAGCUGACGGGGAAGCUUGUUACCUAAAGCACCAGUUCCACCCCAGUCCACAAGAUGGAGACAAUCAGCCUCCGCUAUGAUAGUGAGUCUCUAAAGAAGGUGAGGCCUGGCGCAUGCCUGAUUUUUGCCAUCACUUUUAUCACUUCUCUGCCCCCCGAAUUGAUAAACUGACCAGAAAUCAGGAGAGAACUCUGCUUGAUGCUCAGCUCAGCCAUACAUCUGUCUUCACUACGUGCCUCCGUGUAACAAGCCUAUUUGUUUCGUGGUGUACUGUAAACGUGUUGCACAAAGUUCAAUGAAAACAAAAAGAAAGCAAAGUGAAAACUGAAAAACCCACCAUGCAUGUACGCCAUCAUCACCAAACCUUCGUGUUUGAGUCUGCUAUGACCAUAGGCUUGUAAUGUUAACACGUUUUAUGUAAUGUUAGCCAUAGUGGUACGUAGCAUCCUUGAUCACUGGCUUUGUAAUCAGCAUCUCACUUGGAUAGAUAUGUAUUUUAAAGUUGACUUCGCCAUAUAAUUAAUGUCCAAUUGCCAUAGAAUUUACUAUGGAACAUUCCCCAUGUGCCAUAUUAGUAGGGAAAUGAAAAAAAAUCACAAUUCAAAUGCCAAAUGUUUCUUCCUCAUGAAGAAUGUGAUUUUCAUGAGGACAUCUUGUUGCUAAUGUUCUAAAAUACGAAACUUGUAGAACUCCAAUGUUGGUCCCUGGGGACAUUUUUAUUUAAGCCUGGCUACUCAAAAAACUAAAAAAUUGAUAAAGCCACGAAGAUGCUUUUAAGAAGUCAGCACCUUUGCUUAUAGCGUCCUGAGUAUUAUCAAAUCCUAUUCUAUGUACAUGGCAUACUCUUGACAUUUUUUUCCUCACAAAGAAAUGAAAGAUAAUUCUGAACUGGCACCUGUGUCAAAUGGAACCUUGAAGUGUACUUGUUAUGAAGACUAUCAUUGUGAAGCUGCCUAGUUGGCCAAUAUGUAUUAAAGGGUAUAUAUAAUAUGGUACUUGAAGCAUAUAUAUAUAUAAAUGUACAUGUAUAUCCCAAGGUGAUGACUUUGGUACGAGGUGAGGGUGUGAUAAUGUCUGAAAUGUAUAACAUACAUUAAGCUUUAGAGAAUCUUUGUACAGUUUGAGAGCAGCUAAUGAUGCUGGUAUAGUAGUGGCACUACAGAAGUGAAGAAAUCAGAUCUAGUUUUGGACCACCGAUUCUUUUGACUGUUGAAAGGUUUAAAAAAAAGUGACAAAAAAUAAACAAUAUUUUUCUUAA